CGUGGCUCUGUCAGUGCGCAAAUCCCAGCAGAGAGGCAGCGCUCCGGCAGAAGAGGCUGUUCGCGGAGAGAUAGAGGCUGUCUGUCUGCGCUGCGACUCAUCACCGGCGGGGAGGCUGCACCUUCUGCCGAAGACGGACCUGAUACAAGCCGGGCUCGCCUCCGGAGCCCUCCGUAUGGGCUCACCAUGCGCAGGAUACGGGCCAACGCCAUCGCGAUUCUGACCGUUGCAUGGAUCCUGGGGACGUUUUAUUACCUGUGGCAGGACAACAAGCCCCAGUCGUCGCCGUCGUCGUCAGCGUCGCAGACCCGCGGCAGGGGCCACGGGCAGAAGGUGGUCCCCGGCCGGCUGGAGAUCCACCGGGACGACAGGACCAUCCCGCUCAUAGUGACCCAGCCCCCGCGGGCGGAGCAGCAGGGCCAGCUGCUGGGCGGCUUCGAUGAGAAAGCGUACCUGGCAGGGAAGCAGCUGAAGCCGGGAGACGACCCGUACAGAGAACACGCCUUCAACCUGCAGGAGAGCGACCGGCUGGGCAGCGAGCGAGCCAUCAGAGACACCCGACACUACAGGUGUGCAUCUUUAAAUUAUGAUGCCGACCUUCCCUCCACGAGCAUUGUCAUCACUUUCCAUAAUGAGGCUCGCUCCACUCUCCUUCGCACCAUCAAAAGUGUCCUGAUGCGAAGUCCUCCAUCUCUGAUUCAAGAAAUAAUCUUGAUAGAUGACUUCAGCUCUGACCCUGAGGACUGCCAGCUGCUCUCUCAGAUCCCCAAAGUGCGCUGCCUGAGGAACGGCAGGAGAGAGGGUCUGAUCCGAUCACGUGUCCGAGGAGCCAACACGGCCUCUGCGUCCGUCUUGACCUUCUUGGACAGCCACUGCGAGGUCAACACUGAUUGGCUCCAGCCGAUGAUCCAGAGAGUCAAAGAGGAUCAUACGCGAGUGGUCAGCCCCAUCAUUGAUGUCAUCAGUCUGGAUAACUUCGCCUAUUUGGCCGCCUCCGCUGACUUGAGAGGAGGAUUCGACUGGAGUCUCCACUUCAAAUGGGAGCAGAUUCCCAUCGAGCAGAAAAUGGCGAGGAGCGACCCGACACAGGCAAUCAGGACUCCCGUCAUUGCUGGCGGGAUUUUCGUCAUGGACAAGAGCUGGUUCAACCACCUGGGCCAGUAUGACACCCACAUGGACAUCUGGGGAGGGGAGAACUUUGAGCUUUCUUUCCGGGUGUGGAUGUGCGGAGGAAGCCUGGAGAUUCUUCCCUGCAGCCGCGUGGGUCACGUCUUCAGGAAACGGCACCCGUAUGACUUCCCAGAAGGCAACGCUCUCACCUAUAUCAAGAACACCCGGCGGGCCGCAGAGGUGUGGAUGGACGAGUAUAAACAGUACUACUACUCUGCCAGGCCGUCGGCCCAGGGCAAGGCCUUUGGCAGCAUUGCAGACCGUCUGACGCUGCGGCGGAAGCUGAACUGCAAACCUUUCCGCUGGUACAUGGAGAACGUCUAUCCUGAGCUGAGGGUCCCCGAGCAGGAAGCCGUAUCCAGUGUGUUGAGACAAGGUGGUUUGUGUCUGGAGACCCGUGGGGACGUCCUCGGCCUGGCAGAGUGCAGAGGCAUCGGAGCCAACAGGCCGCAGCCGCAGAGAUGGGAACUAAUAGAGCCGCUGAUCCGGCAGCAGGACCUCUGCCUGGCCAUUUCGGCCUUCACAGCAGGUUCAAAGGUCAAGAUGGAGACCUGCAACUCAAAAGAGCCCAGACAGAAGUGGAAGCCUAAAGGCACAGCUCUGCAGCACAUGGUCAGCGGCCUCUGCCUGGACAGCCAGAGCCCGGCGGGCCCUCUGGUCAUCACGCAGUGUCGCCCCCAGAUGGCGAGCCAGUCCUGGGAGCCGCAGAUCAUCACCUGAGCCACGCAGCGGGCGGGGGGAAGAGGGAGGAGAGGAGCAGAUUCUGGACCCAGACGGACUCAUGUUGUUUGUCUCCUUGCUGAGAGAUGAAAGGAGUGAGAACUUUGUGACACUGAUUUCAAGCUCCUGCUCACUGGUGACGAGAGCAUCUCUGAAAACAUUUGAAGGCCUUGUUGAGCGAAACAUCGGAGGUCUUUUCUGUACAGUUGCUUCAUCCUUUGAGGAUGCUGCAGUUCUUCUACGUAAUCUAAGCUUUUCACUGAAAACUGUUGCACAUCUCACUUUUUCAUUUCUGUAUCUAUUCUGGUCAACAAUGUGUAAAAUCAGAGUAGUGAGGUUGCCUCAACACAAAUGAGUGCACGCUGUUCUGUAGCGAAUGUGUCGAGGUGGACCUGAGCUACUCUGAGUCAGAGUCACUGCUUGUCUUGUUGCCUUUAGGAUGAGGCAUGUCUGAUGACUGUGGACCAGGGCAGCUUUAUGUAUAGCCAACUAAAAUCUGAGCUUCUUCUUCUUUCUUUUUUUAAUUAUUAUUGCUGAACAGCAGUCUUGAAAGCACCAUGCAAAGCAUUGUCAGGAACAUUAUUUAUUGUUUUGCAUGGUCAGACCCAAAGAAUGUUUUUCUUUUCCAGUCUCUCUACAAAGUUUUAUGUAAAUAUUUGAAGCAGAUAUUGGCUUGGUUUUUGUGUCAAGUACUCUAUAUGUUGUUUGAAAAAUAAAAUGUGGUAACAAAGGAA